UUAAGUGGCGGUCGUUUUAGCAGCCCUUGAGUGAAUGCAGACCUUGAGAGCUUUGGGAGCGCUUUGUUUGGCGAGAAAGCCCGAAGGCGCGAGGGGAGGGGUCCUUCCGCUGAACAGUGGCGGCUCUAAGGGGCAGCGGCGGCGGGUUGACGGUUUUGCCCAGGACCCCUCACCGGUCGCUCGCGGGUCCCGCCCCCGCUCUGCCCACAGGCUCCGAUGGCAGCGGCCGCGCUGAGGGCCCCGACUCAGGUUACCGUGACUCCAGACACACAUAUGGACCUCACAAAGGGCUGUGUGACCUUUGAGGACAUCGCCAUUUACUUCUCACAGGAAGAGUGGGGACUUCUUGAUGAGGCUCAGAGACUCCUGUACCUUGAAGUGAUGCUGGAGAACUUUGCCCUUGUAGCCUCACUGGGUUGUGGCCAUGGAACAGAGGAUAAAAAGAUACCUUCUGAGCAGAAUGUUUCUAUAGGAGUGUCACAGUCAAAGGCAGGUUCAUCCACACAGAAGACUCAACCCUGUGAGAUGUGUGUCCUAGUCCUGAAAGAUAUUUUGCAUCUAGCUGAUCUCCCUGGGCAGAAACCAUACUUGGUUGGAGAAUGUGCAAACCAUUGUGAGCACCAGAAGCAUCACAGUGCAAAGAAAUCCUUCAAGAGGAAUAUGGACAGAGCCUCAUGUGUGAAACGAUGCCUAUUCCGUAUGUCAUUGAAGCCCUUUUGCAAAUUGGAAGUUGGGAAGGACCUACCAGCCAUGUUGGGACUUCUGAGGUCCCUGGUCUUUCCUGGAGGCAGGAAACCCAACACAGUUACUGAAUAUGAGGAGGACAUUGACAGUCAAGAAAGUCAUUACAAGUCAGGUGAAUGUGGGAAGAAUUCCAGCCACAAACACACACCUGUUCACCAUCCAAGAGUUUACACAGGAAAAAAGCUUUAUGAGUGUAGCAAAUGUGGGAAAGCCUUCCGUGGCAAGUACUCACUUGUUCAGCACCAGAGAGUCCAUACUGGAGAAAGGCCUUGGGAGUGCAGUGAAUGUGGAAAAUUCUUUAGCCAAACCUCCCACCUGAAUGACCAUCGGAGAAUCCACACUGGAGAAAGGCCUUAUGAGUGCAGUGAAUGUGGGAAAUUAUUUAGACAAAACUCCAGCCUUGUUGACCACCAGAAAAUACACACUGGAGCAAGGCCUUAUGAGUGUAGCCAAUGUGGGAAAUCUUUUAGCCAAAAAGCCACCCUUGUUAAACACCAAAGAGUUCACACUGGAGAAAGGCCUUAUAAGUGUAGUGAAUGUGGGAAUUCCUUUAGUCAAAGUGCCAUUCUUAAUCAACACCGAAGAAUUCACACUGGAGCAAAGCCUUAUGAGUGUGGCCAGUGUGGGAAAUCCUUUAGUCAAAAAGCUACCCUCAUUAAACACCAGAGAGUUCACACUGGAGAGAGGCCUUAUAAGUGUGAAUGUGGGAAAUCCUUUAGUCAAAGCUCCAUUCUUAUUCAACACCGGAGAAUUCAUACUGGAGCAAGGCCUUAUGAGUGUGGCCAGUGUGGAAAGUCCUUUAGCCAAAAGUCUGGUCUCAUUCAACACCAAGUGGUUCACACUGGAGAAAGGCCUUAUGAGUGUGACAAAUGUGGGAAUUCCUUUAGCCAAUGCUCCAGCCUCAUUCAUCACCAAAAAUGUCAUAACACAUAGAGGCCCCAUGAAUGCAGCAAAUGUGGAAGCACCUUUAACGCAAGAUCUAUCAUCAUUAACUCCUGAAAGUCCACACUUCAGUAGAGCCUUAGGCCUACAAGGAAUGUUCUGUCUCUGUGGUAUUGUAGCAGUAGAGAGCCUUUGAGAGGGAGCCAUCUGCCUGAAAUUGAAUCUCAUUCUUCCUUGUUUCUCUGGUAGAAACCAUCUCCCCUCUACCACCUUGCACUGUGGGGAUUGGUCACCCUGAUGUGCUAAAGCAAGGCUGACAUCUAUGUAUUCUCUUAGUCUUUGGAGAAAAUCUUGAGUAAUCUGAGCCUUUAGAGAAAAUUCAUUCUCUUUCCUGACUGAUCACAGCAUACAUGUGACCCAGUCUUGGUCAGGUGGGCCCAGCCAUGGUUCUGCUGGACACUUAAGUGCAAGGAUUCCCUUCAUGGAAAUUCUUGGUCUCACAUGACAUUUGGUCAUUCUUCUAGCCUCCAAGUCACCACCUGGUGAAUGGCUGCCUCACAGUGCUCCAGUUUGAACACUAAUAAAGGCCUUAUAUUUGAAUCUA